UUAUUCUGUUGUCCAGUAUUUGUGAUGAUGGCAUUUAAAUACGAGAGUCUUGUUUUUUUAAUCGUGCAACUUACAGAGCAGACAUUGCAAACAGCUGGAUGGUUUACGCCAUCUAGUGGGCCAUUGAUGCAUUUUUAAACAUGACUUUAAAUUUCGUCUGUUGUUAUCUUAAAGGAGUAUAUACGACGUUUAUAAAAGCCUAUUAGAGAUGGGAUGAGUCAGGAUAGGAUUCAUGUCGAAUUGUUUUAUUAGAUAUGUUUUUGAUUUCAUUCUAGUGAUUUUGAACUAUGAGCCUCGUAUGGAGUUGAGGUUCGAAUGAGUAGAAUUGCUGUAUGAUUGAUCAGUUCUGAUCACUGCACUUUAAUCACAGUUUGAUCCUGGGACCUCCCGGUCCAUUUCUUAAACACCGCCCAUGAGAUUAUCAUAUUGAAAUCUAAAAAAAUAUUUUAGGCUACAUUUAUAUCUUUCGGCGAUCUAUUAACUGGUAAAUGCUAUUUUAUAACUUAAUUGUAGUGAUUCAUUGACACCACUGUAACGUACAGAUAGCCAGAAGAGAGCGUUUGACUAGCGGGAAAAGCUUCCCUUUCUGAAUACCGUCCAGAAGCCUUGUAACGUGAGACCCCCGUCCAGUGCACGCUAGAUAUCUUUAGCUGGAGUCGGAGUCUUAAUCUUAACAAAUUCACCAUGGCAACCGACGGUGGGGAAAAACUCCGAUCUGUGGAUUUUGAGAUAUAUGGGCACGUUCAAGGUGUCUGUUUCAGAAUGUACUCCGAGGAGAAGGGGCGCAGGCUGGGCGUGUGCGGCUGGGUGAAGAACACCUCCAAGGGCACCGUGGUGGGGCAGGUGCAGGGCCCCCCCGACCUGGUAAAUGAAAUGAAGAUUUGGCUGAGUAAGGAAGGGAGUCCCGGCUGUCACAUCUCCCGAGCGGUCUUCUCCAACGAGAGGGACAUCCCCAAGCUGGAGAUCAAGGGCUUCGGCACACGCUACUAGGCUCCGCCCCAUCUCACCUGCCCAGCCCCCCACCUGCUCCUGCGACACACCACAAGGUCCCAUUGACUCUUGCCAACUGGCGACGGACCGGCUUGUCCUCACUGCCUGCCAUGCUUUCUGGAAAGGUCUGCUGCCAACCGCCACGACGCCCCCCCCCCCUCCCCCGGAAGGGAACCAGGUGUUAAAACAACACUGCUUCACCUUCCUCUGUUUAUGGGCUUGAGAAAUCCUAGAGUAGAGUUCCAGGAACAUAAAUUAAAGAUGUUUUAAUGAGACAGGUCUGAGGGUUGGUGUUUAUCACCGCUGUGCUAACGUGCUAAUGCUUCAGAUGUUUGUGGGAGUUGUUGGGGAUGAUUUAUUUUAGCCCCCGGGGAUGAUGGGAGCUCGACUGCACCAGGGGAAAUGCCAACGUUCUUCUGUCCGAGUGCUGGAUGCUUUCCUUGUGUGUCCGGGGUGUCCAUAUAAAAUCAUCCCACGAUUCCGCUUUGAAAUCCACUUCAGGUCAGCAGUCGCACUGAAAUUCUCUUUUUAAGGUGCAGUACAGGUUAUGUGUUUUAGAUAAAUAGGGUAAUAAGAGAUGAACACCCAGUUCAGUGACUUAAACACCUACCAACACAAAUGGAUCAUCUGCACACGCUCCCCCCCCCCACCCAUCUUAUUUAAAUCUAAUUUACCACCCCAAACCCAACAACUCUUACUGUUGCCCACUAAAGAUACCCUAAUUCCCACUCCAGGAUGGCAUCCCAGUCACACCACUGCCAGCCAGCAUCUCCACAGCGUCUCCUUUCAAGUCAAGUCAAGUCCAUUGGCUUUGUUGACACGCCAUACACAUACAGGUAUACAGUAGCAGGUAACAGCGUUCCCCCAGGACCUCGGUGUGAUAUAUAACAACAGCAGAAAUCUGCAUGUUUUUUUUAGUGCCUUGUAGCAGAUAAUGCAUCUGAUGUAGCUGAAGAUGGGAGAGCCCCACUGAGUUACCAGUUCAGGCAGCCAGUCCAGUUAAACCGGGAGCUCCUGUAAGCUCUUGAUGGCAUAGGUGGGCUGGGACCUCCUUUGGGUGACCCCCCCCCCACUGGGGGCCGCAGAUGUGGAUGUUCUUGCUGCACUUGAACACAACGCACCGCAAAAUUGAGUGCUUAGAGAAGAUCUUAAGCUUGGUGACCUCCGAGGACCCACUGAAAAAGCUGGAAGAACCUUCUGGAAGGAAGACAACAUCCGGCACUGACUAACUUUUGGACACUAGACAGUCAUAUCCUGUGAGAAGCUCUGGACAGAUACACAAGGACUUCAUUAUCUCCCUCCACAUUUUUUGGGAACGGAUUUCGGAUCGUCGCUGCGUUCCCCGUCUCGGGUGUGCAUUUCCCAGUCGUGUAUCUCCUCCGCUCAUUUAUGCCUCAGGCCCAGAGUGCGUGACACAGUGCAGCCGUUUAUGAGUGUGAAUCCAAUGCUGUUUGUCUAUGUUUAUUUUCCACUCGUGGUGUUUACAGUGCCGUGCAGAUGGACCCACUCAGAACUUGGAAUGCCGUGUUCCUCCAGAAUUCUCUGAUGGAAUCCACCAUUCGCUUAUUGCUUUACUAUCACAGACACCUGGACAGCUGCGUCUAGCGGCAUGCUUUUUUUGCAGGGAGUCUCUGGCAUCUCAUGGUCCCGUAACUGUUGCCGUAAACCUGUCUGUUUGAUGCGGUGAUGCCUUUUUCAACAUUUGCUCCACUCCUGUCGGUCAGAGAUCAUGUGAGUGCAAUCUUUCUUCUCUUUCCUAUGGGACAAUGGAAAGAAGAGGCCAAAGAAUGGGGGGGGCGGAUCCUCUAAGGCAGAAUCCGCCCCCAGCAUGACUUACUGUGUCUGGUUUGCUGGCCCUAGCAGCCUAAAUGGUUGCAUUAAUGUGUGCAGACAGACUCUCACAAACACACAUUUAAUGUUCAUGAAUAAAAACUAAAUGAAGCGUG